UACCUUUGGUGCCUACGCAGAGUACGCCAAAGAUAAGGCCAAAGCUAAGGGGGAAUACGCACCAAAGGGUUACAGCAAACAAGAGAAGGAGGCACAAGCUCUCGCUGAAGCUCAAGCCCAAGCCCGUCUGAAUGAUAAUCCUUAUGGUUCUAUGGACACAUCCAACCCUUAUGGGUCUCACGGGAACAGUGGUGGUUCUGGUGUAAACCCUUAUGGGUCUAUUGGGACGAGCUCAACUGGAGGUAAUCCGUAUGAUUCGCCAUCGAGAGGAAACCAGGGGAGCGGUAACCCAUAUGGAGACUCUGGCAACUCUGGCACCUCCUACCACAAGAACAAUGGUGGUGGAAACCCCUACGGCCAAGGGUCACAAGGACACGGCUAUAGCCAGCAUGAAGUUCCAGGGGGUGGUUAUGAUGAUUAUAACAAUGCCUAUGAUGAGCAAGGCGGCCACGGUUCCAAAGAGUCAAACCCUUACUCUGUUAAGAACACAUCUCAGAGAAUACAACAUCCUGCGGUUGCGGAGUCGGGAAAGCGUAGUCAGUUUUCCUUUGUACCUGAGGAAGGUGCUGGUGCACACUCUGGUGAUGAUGAUGACGCGUAUGUUCCUAGCCUGUACCAGAAGCAAACUCAUGACACGGAAGGGUUGGAUUUGAACGACACUCAUUACGCAGAUGAAGACCUGAACGAUACCAAUUACAGACGGGAGGUCAACAAUGACGAUGCUUAUCAAUCCUUCUCUCAAGAACCCGAAUCAGAGGAGCAAAGAAUCCUAAGAGAAGAGGAUGAAGAAGUUGAAGGAAUCAAGGGCCAGAUACGAUUCACAAAGCAGGAGUCUGUUGCGUCUACUAGAAACACCUUGAGAAUGGCCAGAGAGGCUGAGGAGAGUGGUAAGAACACCAUGGGUAUGCUGGGUGCGCAGAGUGAGAUCUUGUUCAACACCGAGAGAAACUUGGGCUUAGCUGAGACCCAAGAUGCUAUGGCCAAGGAGAAGAUUACUCAGUUGAACCAUUACAACAGAAACAUUCUCAAACCGAACAUCAAGAACCCAUUCACAAAGAACCGUAGAUUGAGAGAGAAAGAGGAGAAGAUCAAAGCAGAGCACAUUGCUGCCAAGGUUGAGAACGAGAGAACUCGUGCUCAGCUGACAGAUUCGACAAAGAGAAUCAAGAGUGCCCUGGAUGACGGCGAAGGCUUGGGCGAUGAGGUUGCAUCCAAGUAUAGACGUGACAAGGUCCUCGCGCAGGCCAAACAGUACCAAUUCGAAGCUGACAGCGAGGACGACGAGAUGGAAGCGGAGAUUGGGGCCAACAUUGACGAAAUUGGCAAGUUCAGCAGCAGAUUGAAGAAGUUGGCUAUAUCUCAAGGUGAGGAGCUCGAUAGACAGAAUAAGAGACUCAACGACAUUGAAGAAAGAGCCGAUAGACUGGACCUCAACGUUCAUGUCAAUACCGCAAGACUACGUGAAUAUCACUAGACAUAAAUGAACUAUCAUCGUUAAACAAUUAAUAAUCAAC